AUGAAUCCCUCUUUCCCUACUACUCAACCACCAACACAGCUGCAUGGAGUUACUGUUCAAUACAACAACAACAGCACGUCAUCAUUAUCCUCACUACCACAUUUCCAAACUUCUAAUUUAUUUGCUUGUCCACAACAGAGCUUGCAUACCCAGAACUCAUCCAAUCAAACGAUCGCUGUAACUUACUCGUCCCUGAGAAAUGGUGAUAUUUCUUCUCUCUCAACUCCACAACAAUCCCACACUCUCAUGACCCCAAUGGAUCAACCACAUAAUAAGCCUCUUUCACGUCAAUAUCCGAAUUGUCAUGCAACAGCCACCACAACCUCCCUCAAAAGAAGACUUUCGUUGCUUGAUCCAGCAUCACUUGCAUCACUGCAACAUCAGCUUGCCGCAUUAACGAGAGACAUUUCUUCGUAUCGAAAUGUUGAGCCUCUUCCAAUGGCUCACCAUUGCAUUCACAGCAGCAUCUCAUCAGAUCAAGUCAACAUGUCACCCAUAGCCCAGCAAGAACGAAAGAAACGAAAGAAAAAAGUGCCACCUGCGAUUGUGAAACAGGGUUAUCUCAUGUUUCAUCACUAUGAAACAAAUCCUCAUAAUUUGCAAAAUACCAGAUUGCUCAUGAGAGAGCCAGUUAUUUGUAUUUUAAACACAAAGAAGAUCCAACUCUUUAGCCUUAAUUGUUACCAGAAUCAAUUAGAGCAGCAACAGCAGUUACUUUUAUCCCUCACUGAAAUUUCUAAUUCGUCCACCAAUAAUAAGAUUCCAAUUUGUGACAAGUACUCGGCCAAUCUGGUUGGCACUAUUUAUUUAGAUGAUAGAAUUUGUAAAGGAAAGGUAGUUGUGAAAUGGAUCUCUCCGACGUGUUUUAGUGUGUACAUUGAAAAGAACCACGCUCAAGAAACCUCGCUCUCUCAUGACUGUACAGAAAAAACAAUUACCAAUCAUGUAAACACAAUAACCAACAUUAAUAGAGAUUCAUGUAAAUCGACAUUUAACGAUCGCCUCAAAAACUCAACCACUAAGGAGGAAUUUGACAUGUCCAUGUUACCGAUGGAUAUUUCAGCAUCAUGUACUGAGGUCAAUGAUUGUGAUAUGCAUGAGAAAGACAGAGAAGAUCGAUUAGUUUUUGAAGCGUCCAAUGAUGCUGAAGCAUUCCAAUGGAUGACACAAAUCAAGCAAGUUGUUGCCACUCUUCACAAUGCAAAUGUUUACAUCAUUAGCGAGUUACUUCUCAAAAUGUUUGAAUAUCUUGAUGAGAAGACCCUACUCUGUGGCGUCUCCCUCACAAGUAGAAAGUUCUUUGACUUGGCACAACACGACUCUCUGUGGCUCAAUUUAUACAAACACCAUUACCAAAAGAUGACCUAUGAUAUUAAUUAUUACAGAUACAUGCUGCGAAAUGUUUUAAUGACCUCGUCACCAUCCAUUGCUUCUCCAAAUAAUGAUUCUUCCACACCUCAAAAGCCAGAGGUUAGGGAUGAACCUGAUGCAGUUUAUGGCGAUCAAGUUAAUUGGAAAUAUAUUUUCAAGAAACGAAUGAUUUAUGAAAAGAAGCAUCUUCCCUCACCAACAGAUACCACAUCAUCCAGUCAACAAUCUUCUUCCAGUAACACAUCAACAACGACGGCUACUCCUAAUUCCCAAAAUCCAAGCACAACAAGUGCUACUACGACUCCCUCAUCAACGAAUAACACAAAUGGCUCCACCACUGAAUCAUCAACUCAAUCACAAGCACCUCCUCCACCAUCUCAACCCUCAAGCAGCAGUACCAAUUCUGGAACAAACACUGAGAAUACCGACACUACUAUGUCGACUGUUGAACACAAAUCUCUUCCCAAAGAGGAUGCAGAACGACUCCUCAAAGAAGAGGAAGAACGAAAACGAAAGGAUGAGGAGGAAAAGAAGAAAAAUCUUUCGUCACAAUACCUCAAGAAAGGAAAUGCACUGUUCAACGAAGCUGACAAAUCUUCAAAUCCAUUUGUAAAGAGAAUGUUGUGGAUGUUUUGCGUCGAUAACUAUGAAACAUGUCUCAUGCACAAUGAAAAGAAUUGGACCGCUGCUCGAAAUUGGUGCGUUGCCUUAAUACGGCUCGAAAAACUUGCUCAUAACUUGAAAACAAACGAUGCACAACUGUAUCUUGUUUUCCUGCUCAACCAAUGCAUUGACAAAUUCGAAAGAUGUGUGAAAUAUGCUCCCAAAAACGAUGAAGUCAUCACACUUUGGGCUGGUACAUAUAGUGACCUCGCUAUUAAGGUUUCAGAUAUUGAGCUUAGUGAUCAUCUGUUCAGAUUGUCACAUGAGAAGUUUGAGGAGGCUCUCAAAAUCAAAUCUCAUAUCGGAACUUACAAUGAUUAUGGUAUAAGUUACUGUGAUUGGGCUGAGAAGAGAAUUCGAUUGUUGAAAAAACGUGUCAAGAUGUCACCUUCUAUUCUCAAGACUGACGCAAAUACCUCUCUUCUCGACUCAGAUCCUAAAUCCCCAACUAAGACUCUAAAUUCAGGAAAUCCAUUUUCCAGUGCUCCUUUACCACUUUCUUCCCACUUUCCAAACACUCAAUUUGCCAGGUAUUCCACAUUCACAACUCCAACAGAAAUCACUCUCGAAGAAUUCGAAAGAGAGCGAAGAAUCAUUGAGAGGUAUCUUGAUGAAAGUUCCAGACUUUAUGACAUGUGUCUCAAUAUCAAACCAGAUUAUUAUCAUGCACUGAACAAUAAGGGAUUCAAUGAAAAGCUCAAAAUUGACUUGUUAAAGGUUCGCAAGCAUUCUUUAAAGUUGACAGAUGAGCAAGUUCUCGAAACUGACAUUGAAAGAAAGAGACUCAUCGACAUUGCUUGCAAUCUUUUCCAAAGAUGUAUUGAGAUUAAGGAUUAUGUCAUUGCAAGAAACAACUAUGGAAAUGUUUUACUUCAGGAAUCUAAAGAGGAAUCUGGAGCUGAGAGAUUCAGGCUUUUGGAACAAUGUAUCGCCCAGUAUGAACAAGCAAUGAUUCUCGAGCCUAACAAUGAUGGAUGCAUCUGUCGAUGCUCCAUUGCUUAUUUAAUGAAGGCGGAAAUUAUUUUGUCUGAGAUGAAGACUGGAGAAUGCAAAGUACGAUCAACUUUUGGCACCACUGAACAACAAAACGCAUAUCUAGAGCAUUUGUAUGAACGGGCCAAAGUAGGAUUUAAAUGUAUUAAGAACGUUUCUCUUUCCCAUUACAACCUGGCAUGUCUCAAUGCAAUUUUUAACAAGAAAGAGGAAUGCAAAAAAGAACUAUUCUCUUGUAUUGACAUACUUUCCGAGCAAAAGUUAAGAGAGGAUAAGGAUUUUGAUAAUUGCAGAAAUGAACUAUGGUUCCACGAGCUGAUGGAAACUGUAUCUAAAAGACAAUCAGUUUCGAUUGGCCCAACAAACCAAAAUCUAGAUCUCUAA